GGUCACCAGCUGCGCGGAGUGGCUGCGCGGGCGUUUAUUGGCAGGAUGUCACGUGACGCGUCGUCCUGUCGGCAAUAACAGUUCCAAGAUGGCGGACGACAACGUGAAGCUCUCGAGAAACCUUUUACGGAUGAAGUUCAUGCAGAGGGGUCUGGAUGAAGAGAUGAAGAAGCAGAUGGAGGAAGACGAGAAGAGAAUCAUCAGCGAUGAACACUGGUACCUGGAGCUCCCCGAGCUGAAGGCUAAAGAGAACUUCAUCAUCGAGGAGAAAAGCUUUGUUCCCUGUGAAGAACUGAAGUUUGGUCGCAUCUCCUUCAAAGGGUUUAACCCAGAAGUCGAGAAACUGAUGGUGUUGAUGAACCCAAAGGAGGAGGAGGAGGAGGAGGAGGAGGAAGAGGAGAGCCGGAUGCCAACGGAUGUCACCGAUGAAGAAAUGGCUCUCAGGUACGAGGGUUUAGUCCGGAGCAUAAAGAAGAAGUUUGCUACGAAGCGCGCAGCGAGCGAAGAAGACGUGAACCAGAACCAGAACCAGAACCAGGAGGAAACCAAGAGGGUGUUCCUGAAGCCGCAGGACUGAGUCGUCCCUUUAUGGACUUUUUUUAUUUGUGCUCCUUGUGUGCAGAAACUGAACAGCUGGUCUGAGUGUCGGGUUGGAUGUUGUACAUCCUGUUUUUACCUUCAUUAAACUCAGAGCUCGCCGCUCUUAAAGGGACAGUACACGACUUAUGUGCGUGUGUGUGUCUCCGUCGGUAGGCCAGUCUGAAGGUUGUUUUUUUUUCCCAUGAGCCUCAGCUCCUGCCGGUCUGCAGCCGCCGUGUUUGGACGGCAUCGAACACGGCGGUGGCCUCAUCCGCGCUGCUCCUGAAGAUAUGAGAACACAUGAGCAUAAAGAGCUCAUGUUUUAUAGGACUAAAGACAGGUUUGAAUAAAUGUGUUGAACCAUAA